AUGUUGCGACUGAUGUUCAGGCGGUUGGUGGCGUCGCUGAUGACUCUGAUGUUCAUCGGCCUGCCUUCGCAUGAAGCAGCAGCUUUGACUCUGGCGUCGCGCCCCCCCGCGUCCAGUUCAAAGAUCUUCUUCGGUAUCGAGACCUCACAUGGGGAGACAUGGACAAACCAGGUACAGGCUCAGUUAGAGACUUGGGCCGCGGACAUUCCGAAAGAGUCGAUGAUGAUUGUGGGUGGCCCUUAUGAUGAGACCCCUUGCGAGCAACGAAACAGUGCAUGCAAGGAGGCCGUGCUCAUGUAUCGCGCAAGGAUCCGUAUGCAAGAACUCGGCGCCGACUGGCUGCUGGCACUCCAUGAGGAUGCGUACGUGGUUUUGGAACACAUGUCCAAGCUGGAACAAGUGGAUCCGCGGACUCCACAGAUUCUUUCGAUGGUCGGCUGUGGACAGGGUUGGGAGUAUCACCCCGAGAGUAAGAAUGGUACCGUGCCCAGGCCAGAAGACUAUGUCGAGCCCCAAUUUGUUUGCGAAAGCGUUUGGAAGCAUGGCUCUUUGUGCAGUGCUGCGGGGAUGUUUGUGAGCAUUGGUGCUCUGGAUGCCUUCACACAUGGCUUGACGGAGGAUGAGUUCAUCAAGGCGCACAGAGCAUCUCUGGAUCCCAGCAACAUUUGGGCCACAGAAGUGCAGUGUGACAUGCCAACCUCCUGCUUGGCACACGAGCGUGGCGUCAAGCUUGUAGAUAUGAGCACCAUCGGACUGGGAAUGGGCCAGCCGAUGAACUUCAACGAGUUCAGGACUGGCAUCACCGACAAGCACAUGCGCGAGUGGCUGGCGUCCGAUCGCCUGUUCGGUGAUUGGGAUCCUGCGCUCGUCCACUCGAACAUACCGAAGGAGGACAUCCCCCAGUUCAUGCGCAGCCUCCACCGCGCGAGGGCCAGCCCGCCGCGCCGCUCGAAGGUGGCGGGGCUGCGGCCCUCCGUCUCCCUGGCGCUGAUCGUGGACCCCGCGGGGGCGGUUCCCGUCAAGGAGCUGCUCGCGAACUUUGUGGAGCAGCUGUCGAAGGGUCCCUUCCCCGUGAAGCUCUCCCAGGUGCUCCUGUUCUACGACGGUCGGGACAAGGGCACGGACUGGGGCUCGUUUCUGAGUGAUGUGGAGGAGCUGACGCGCACAGGAGUGCUGCAGAGGGCCGUGAAGAUACGCUACCAGGACGCCACCAUCGAACAGCAGUGUGGCAUCCAUGACCCAGAUGGACACGACGGCUCCCUUUUCGCCACUUAUCAGUACCUCGUCGAGGAAUGCGAGUCUGAGUACUGUGCGUAUUUCAACUCCGACAUAUCCCCGGUGGAUUUGUGCACCAGGGAGGCGGACUUAUCCAUGCAGUCAAGCUUCUUCAGCAGCACUCAGAUCUCGUUUUCGCGAUGCCGCCAUUGGCUUCUGAUUCCAUCGUGGAGGACGAACAAUUGCAAGAACACUUUCUGA